AUGAGCAACUUGGUAAACAGCGCGCCGGUAAAUUGUGACAUCAUCCGUCAUUACAUUGGGUAUUGUAAUGGGCAAAUGGACAUCAAAAGAGACCUUGUUUCGGGAAAGAACGACGCGUACAUUAUCGCAUGGAGUGAUGAUGGGCGUGCGUUCGUGUGGGACAAGGCAACUGGGGAGCUGCCCCAUCCUUUUGAUGCGUGUGUGGCGACAAGUGGUACUCAAGAUGUCAUUCGUUUAUGGACUCCGACCAGUGAAGACCUACACACAUGGCUCGCCUCGUCUUCUAGUCAAGCGGAUACCACCAGGCCAUCCAAGAGUGUGCGGCCAGGAAUGUCUAAAUGGAGCAAGAAAAACCGUGCGCCUGCGGGCUUCGAGUACAUUCAGCCAGUAAUGGACGCACUGGAAAGUGAGCUUCGGGAAAAGAUGAACGAGCCACAUGAGGGAAAGCGACAAUGUGAGGCAUUGUGGCCUGUGCACCAGAUUAAUUGGCAGCGCAGUCGCUACGUGUACGACAUGUUCUACAAGUACCAGAAGAUAUCUCGGGAGGUAUACGAUUACUGUAUACGUCGUAAACUAGUGGACGCAAAUUUGAUUGCCAAGUGGAAGAAACCGGGCUAUGAGCGACUGUGUAGUACGUCCGCUAUCAAUACAAAGAAUUAUAACUACGGAACGGUCAGUAUCUGCCGUGUCCCAAGACAACAGCUAUCGGAAGGACAGAUGGUGCAGGAAAAGCACAGUGGCUGCAGAGGCUGUGCUUCUGGACCUGGUGGGUAUCAUAACAUCUUUGGUAACAAGUACGGACAGUAUUUGGCCCGAAUUCAGAUCGCAAGGGAGAGCAAGAAGGAUACGGAAAAGCUGGUCUGGGCGACGAAGGAAGAGGAGGAAGAUGCAGAAGAGAGUGGGAAAGAGAAAAAGAGACAGCGAGAGGAAUCUUCUGCAAGUGACUCGAGUGGCGAGAGUCACAGUGACAACGAAGAGGCAAAAGAGUCGGAAGCACCUUGUGAGAAGAAGCACAAGGCUGACAAAUGA